CUUUCUUGGUUAUUUGACUAUUUUUCUGAACUAUGACCAUUUCAAACCCCAUCACUGGUUAGCUUAAAAUACAAACAGACAUUUCUAAUGGGAUAACAAUUACUUUGAAAUUGAUCUUGGAAAAGUAGAUUGCCUUCUAGCCAUCUCUUAUUCUUAUAUGCUUAGAACAAACAGAUACGUUUCAUGAGUUGUGUUUCCUCAUACUUCAAACCCAGUUCAUUUCAACAUGACCUUCGGUAACAUGGAAAAACACAGAAGUUGGAGAAGGUGUAGGUGUGGCAUGUAUCAUGUAUACCGCUGUGUGUAUGCCCCUCCGUCUUCUUUCCAGGUGUUUGAAAAGGUGGAGUCAGAGCUGGGCAUUCCUGCCCUGCUGGACCCUGAGGAUAUGGUGUCCAUGAAAGUGCCUCAUCGGUUAAGCAUAAUCACUUAUAUCUCUCAGUACUACAAUGUCCUUACCAACAAGUCUGUGGAAGGUGUGUGGAAUUAUGUACAGUAUGUAAACUUGUGCAAACCUUCGCUCAGAUGUAAUUAUGUCUGCAUCCUUUCAUUAUUAAACAUGGUACUCAAAAAUGCCAUUUGUGAUUUUAAGAAAGACACAAGGGACCAAUCCAAAUGGGACACUCUGAGCAAUACCUGUGCGGUCUGCCAGAAGCAGGUCCACCUGGUGCAGAGGCAUCUAGUCAAUGAAAAACUGUAUCACCGCAGCUGCUUCAGGUGUCAGGAGUGCAGCAGUUAUAAAGCAGGAAGUGAGGCGGGCACCCUGAUAUGCAAUCACCACUUUUCCAAUCACAGCAACUGCCCAGACCUCAGCAGGCCAGGGGAACCGAUGAUGACGCUAGGGGGCAAAGCCAUAAAAUCUGAGACUCUGUCUGCUGCAAAGAGCCAGGAGAAGACUCUUCCCCAGGGCGUGGUCCCUGUGGAACCGUUGAUCAGUUCUGAAUUUGCUGGAGAGGCAGAACUACCAGAGAAAAAUGGACAGAGGAAUGGUAGCAGAGAGGAAGAGAAUGAAGAGAGAGAAGCUAAUAAAAGCACAGAGAUGGAUGAUGGAAGGAGGAAUGGUGAGGGAUGCAAAGAGAGGGUUAGAAUCAGGGAAGAGGAUGGAGAGAAAGAAAUUAUUGUAACCAGAAAUGAAAAGGAUGAUGAAUUGAAGGAAGGGGUUGAGAGGAGAGAGAUGGAGGACAGAGAGGGGGAAAAGGAGGGGCACAGAGGGACUGAUGAAAAUGAGGAAGUGAAACUCAAGCCGCUCCUUACUCCCAGUCUUAGUGAACACAGCUCAGAGCGGUACCAGCAGGAGGAUUUAGAGGCAAAGAAGCAAACAGGAAACUCUUCCAAGAGAUGCCAUUUUCCUGUACCUGUCCAUCAUUUAGGAAGCGGGGACCAGCCAGUGCCUGCACCACGGUGGGCCACUGACUCUCCCUCCACCCUGCACCCAGCACCCAGGACCCGCCCCUCAAAAGUAACAGACAGCACCAAAGCCAAUGGUGUGCCAGGCAAUUCAAGUGAUCUGAGGAGAGUCUGUCCUGCCCUCCGAGAAAGACUUCUCCCCACAGGGAGUUCUGGCCGUCCCAGUGGAACCUAUAAACGCAGAGAUCCUCCCUGGAUGGAUCUGGUGGAGCCGGGCCCAUGGAGACGACUGCCCCCUGCCCCCCCAGCCUCCCUCCCCCGCUACAGCUCAGUACCCUGCCUCUGGGGCCGUGGCUCCAGGCUGGCCCUCUCUACCAAUCCCUUUGAGGCUAAGAAUAUGGAUGAAGAGUCUGUACAGGAAAGGGCUUGUAUGGAGAAGCCUCCCCCUUCCUACACCCCCAAACCCAAGGCCCCUGGAGGCCCCCACCCCACCCAGCCUUCAGUCUCAAUACACGGCUUUCCCAAUAUCAAGAAGAAGAAGAUGCAUUCAGCUCACUUGGUCCGAGUGGAGGAUAUCCAGGUAGAGAUGAGGGAGCUGGAGCGCCAUCUCAACCUGCUGGAGCUUAGAGGAGUGGAACUGGAGAGGAAUUUGAGAGGCUGCCAGAGUGGAGAGCAGGAGGAGACCCUGCUUGUGGACUGGUUCACUCUCAUUCACCAGAAGCAUGUGAUGGUGCGCCGGGAGGCCAUGCUGGUCUACACGGAGAAGCAGCAGAAUCUGGAGAAGAGGCAAGCAAAUGUGGAGUAUGACCUCAGGUGUCUUCUCAACAAACCAGAGAGGGAGUGGAUUAAUGAUGAUUGGAUCAGAGAGCAGCAGCUGAUGGCAGAGUUGGUCAAAAUUAUUGAAGAGAGGGACCACAUCGUCAACAGGAUGGACCAGGACAAGCAAAGGCAUGUGGCGGAAGAUAAGCUGCUUGCAGCCAUGAUCGAGAGAAGGUAA